CAGGCCGGCCGGGCGGGACGACUUGGACGAGAGCCGCCAUCGAUCGCAGGCCACGCUGCGGAGGGGGCUCUGGGGUUGCCAUGGAUACUCUUACUCUAUACCAUCAUAUCUUCCUGCAAUAUUUAAACCAAACAAGAAAUGUGGUGAAUGAAAAAUGCUCUGGGAUGGAAUCCUGGCAAAUCAUCGCAUCAACAACGGCUGUUACCUUGCUGAUUGUGAAGAUAUACAUGUUUCUUUUCCAGCCAGAAAGUUUAACAUCACGAUUUAAAAAAUGGUUCUUCAGAUUUAUACGCAAGCUGCCCAUCAUUGGUCAUAUUAUACAACAACAGAUGGUUAAGACUUUGGAUGAAAUGUCUGCCAAAUUGCCCUUUUUGCAAUACAAGAAAAAUUACUUCAGAAGCCUGCCAGCAACAGGUCUCAGCCAGCCAGAAUUGUUGAAGAAGAUAAAAGAGUACAGCACUUUAGGUAACGUACAUUGGGAAGACCGCAAAGUAUCUGGGACCGUGUACAGUGGGGAUGAGAAACUCGUUAAUCUGCUUGUUAAGGUUUAUGAGGAAUUUGCAUGGAGUAAUCCACUUCAUCCAGAUAUAUUCCCAGGAGUGAGGAAGAUGGAAGCAGAGGUUGUGAGAAUGGCUUGCACACUUUUUCAUGGUGGACCUAAUUCCUGUGGAACAAUGACAUCUGGUGGAACAGAGAGCAUCCUGCUGGCCUGUAAAGCCUACAGAGAUUUGGCUUAUGAAAAAGGAAUAAAAUAUCCAGAAAUGCUGGUGCCAGUAAGUGCCCAUGCAGCAUUUGACAAGGCUGCCCAUUAUUUCAGGAUUAAGAUUGUGCGUAUUUCGUUGACCGAAUCGAUGCAGGUGGAUGUGAAGGCAAUGAAGAAAGCCAUUACCAAGAAUACAGCCAUGUUGGUCUGUUCAGCCCCACAAUUUCCUCAUGGAAGUAUUGACCCCAUUGAAGAAGUAGCAAAGCUUGCACUGAAAUACGAUGUUCCCUUACAUGUGGAUGCCUGCCUGGGAGGUUUUCUCAUUGUCUUCAUGGAGAAGGCUGGGUAUCCUUUACAGCAGCAUUUUGAUUUCCGAGUGAAAGGAGUCACGAGCAUUUCUGCAGAUACGCAUAAGUAUGGCUAUGCUCCAAAGGGCUCCUCUGUGAUACUGUACAGUGAUAAGAAAUACCGGCAUCACCAAUUCUUCAUUGCUCCUGAUUGGCAAGGAGGAAUUUACCCCUCGCCCACUAUUGCUGGUUCCAGACCUGGAUGCCUUAUUGCAGCUUGCUGGGCUACCAUGGUGUACUUAGGGGAACAAGGUUAUGUGGAAGCCACCAAGAAGAUCAUCUCAACUACACGGUUUAUCGUAUCUGAGUUGCAGAAAAUUGAGCACAUCAGUAUCAUGGGCAAACCAGAGGUUUCUGUCUUUGCUUUCAAGUCUGAUUCAUUUGACAUUUACCGAUUGUCAACCCUGUUAAUAGCCAAAGGAUGGAAUCUUAAUAUUUUACAGUACCCUCGAAGCAUUCAUUUUUGCUUAACACUGCUACAAACAGAACCUGGGGUGGCUGAACAAAUGGUGGAGGAUGUCAAAGAGUGUGUCUCUGAGAUCAUGAAGAAUCCAAAGGAAAAGAUCACUGGCUUGAGUGCAAUCUAUGGCAUGGCACAAGUCAUUCCUGACAGAAACCUAGUUUCAGAAAUUGCUGGUGGUUAUUUGGACAGCCUCUACAGCACAGAUCCUUGGACUGAUACGCACAUGAAUGGUUCUCCAAACUGAUUUGUAGUCAUAUAUCUCAACUGUUGGAUGAUGACACACUAAACAAUUCAAAGGAAAGGUAAUAUCACUUGGAAGUGUUUCUUCUGCAGAUACAGCUCACAAGGCAGCUUGAUCUGUUGACAUAACAUUCCCUCUUAGAUUAAACACAGGUUCGACCCCUAGCUUAGAUUGGCUGUUCAGAUCUGUGGAACUUCAGGAAUACUCUCUCUCUGUCUCUCUCUCUCUCUUUAACCUGUGAUAAUUAUUUGUAUUUCUUACGAUGACUCACUGCUGCUUCUAGUCGUCCAAGAAACAGCAGGCUUAAGGGCAAUAUAAGUCUGUUCCAUCAUUGUUCACGCUCAGGUGUUUUGAAUUACUUUAGUGGAUACAGUUCUCUUGGUUGAUGUUCACACUGAGCGGUGAAUUUGACAAAAGGUUGCACAUAAACAUCCUUCACAGAUGAUCGGAUAAAGUCAGGGUGAAUGUUUAGUUCACUCUGUGGGAAUUUGCUCUGAAUGAGAGGAAAUGAUCAGAGGAAAAAAGGGACACUUCCUUCUUUCCAUGUACCUUCUGCUUUUCUCUUUCCCUAGAAAUUUUUUUUACUGUGAAAUUCUUCCUCCCCCCCCCCCAAGUAUUUGAGCCAUGGGGAUCCAUGAAGGUACUAAGGUUUCUGUGUUACUACAAUAGGAGAAAGCAGAUUGUAUUUUUCAGAAUCACUGAGAAGUUCAGCUUCUUCAACUGUUCCAGUUCCUAGUUCUGCCAUUUUGUUAAGCGCCUUUAUGGACUCAGAAUGUAAUUAUUUGUAGGACCCAGAGCUCCUUUUCAAGUGUUGCACUGAAUUAUCAGACACAUUCUCAAGAGAGCACACAUAGAUUUGCCUUAAAUGCUGAGAGCAUCUCCACUCAGAAGCCAAGCAGAUGAUCAAAUCAACAGAUGAUCACCUCCUUUAUGGUACUAUACUGAAAAUAACCUCAACCUCAGGUAUCAUAUACUCAUCUUCAGUGUUUCAUGACAUCUCAGCUCAGUCCACCUGUAGAUAGCACUUUGCAACUGUGAUAAGGAUACCUGUGGUCUAGAAGCUUGACCUCUAAUGGAUUAGAGAUAUUAUUUCUUUCCCAUUGUUUAGUUUGCUUCUAGAAAUAACUGUGGCUCCAGUGGGCCAUUCAUGGGCCAAAUGGCAGGCACAUUAACUUCUUAUUCUAAGGCUUGAGGUGUAAAGCUAGGUUCACCAGCCUAGUUUUACAGAGGUGAAUGGAGAACAGUUCCAUUCAGUCUUAAACUUUCUAUAUAGAUUAGUUUGCUAGAUCAGUCACGGUCUCUUUACUUUUUGUCAGCAGUAGUUCACCGAGAAAAAAACAUAGAAUCAAGUCAUUUAGUGGUAUAGAUUCAUAUUCCUUUCAGUUAUUAUUGUACAAUCCUUUGUAACUUCAUGAAUUCAGGGUCUAUGUUAUGUGAAUCUUUGGAUUAAUCAUUUAUCUCUUCCUGGUCAUCUUUCUAUUUCAGUUUUGAAUGGAGUGAAUACAAAAUAACUUAAUGGUUAAUUUCCUGAUGUAUGUGUAUUGACUAGUUUGAACAGAUACGGUUUCAAAUACAUUAAGAAAGGAAAACUCGAUUGCAUCCCUCGCACAUAUGUAAUUUAAUGAACUGUUUUCAUUCAUGUUCUAGAACAGAACGUUAAAUUUUGUAAGAUCUUAAUUUCAGUUUAAUACUGAUACAUGUUCAAAACUGCUUUGUUUCAAUACUUAACCCAUGUAUACUUUCUCAUGCAUCUUGUACAUGUUUUUGGGUUUAAAAUAAAUGUUAUUUUCUUCCUCAACCUCCAAGUUUAAAACAAUUGGAAGGUAGCUUUUUCCUGUCUAAGAGUUUAUUGGAAAGCCAACCUCAUCGGUCAAGGUUUCAUUCACCACCAAGAUGAUUACGACCUCCAUUUCUGAAAUUUCUUGCAAGCUA